AUGGCUGCCCCCGCUCUCGUCGUCCUCGGCGCUGCCGGCCUCGCGGCCGCGCAGACGCUCACGUUCCCCGCGACGCCUUUGAAUCAGCUCAAGUUCCCGAAGACGACGGACCUGCCAUACCAGAUUUACCCCGACUCCACGCCCUACGUUCGCGGUCCCCAGUCUGGCUACAACAUUUGCAACAGCACGACGGAGACCCAGGACAGCAUGUGUCAGACCCAGUGGUUGAACGGCCUCGACGACUUCUGCCUCUGGGCACCGCCCGCGGAGAACAGCCUUAUCGCCGACACUGAGGGCGAGGAGGUUGCAUGGUGCACCAAGAAGGGCUGGGGCACCCGUAUCAUGGUUGAGGGCACUCUCCAGGGCGCUCAGCUGUUGAAGACCAACGAGUACUGGAUGAUCACCGGUCUCAUUGACCAGUCCAAGCUCAACAUUCAGUCUACCGACUACGGAGGCGAGCUCGACUCCGGAGGUCAGGACGAGCGUGGCAACCCCAUCGGUGGCCAGAUGUACUCGACUGCGUUCAACAGCGAUUACCAGCAAAUCUUGUGGUGGACCGAGUUCAUUGGCUCCAACCAGUUCUGCAUCAAGAUCUGCAACCCCAGCGGCUCGAACAACCCCGGUUACUGCCAGCACACUCUUGACCGUAUCGGCCUCCUGUACAACUGCCCGUCCAAGUACACCGCGGGUGGAGGCUUCCAGGCCGGCGAGUUCGAGAUCUGCGAUUCCGACCUCAUGACCGUUCCCGGCAUCUACGUCGAUGCCAGCGGCGCCACCCAGUCGUACGAGCAGCCCCCUGAGUCGCUCGGUGAGAUCACCAGCAUCCCGUACACGCCCACCGUCGUCGCGUCUUCCAACUGCCAGACGUACGCGUCUUCGGCUCUGUUCACUGAGCUCGCUUCGGCUACCAACGCUGCGUCGACUACUGGCUCUGCCGCUGGUUCCUCGGCUUCUGGCUCGGCAUCCGGCUCCGCGUCGGGUACAGCCAAGGCCUCGUCCGCAGGCUCCAGCGGUAGCGCCGCUGCCUCGCGCUCCGCUUCCGGCUCGGCUGCCAGCGCAUCGACCACCGCUGAGGGCUCCACCUCCAACACCAGCGCUGCCUCUGGCCGUUCGGAGGGCAUCAUUUCGCUCUUCUUCUCGCUUGCCGCCGGCCUCUUCGGCGUCGGCGCCGCGAUCUCGCUCCUCGCAUAA